CUACACUAGCAUAUCAGGCACUUCGGAUCUCUUUACCUUUAUCUUUCUUUUCUUCAUCGUUCCUGCUCCAGGCCAAAUAACAAGAACAUAUAUCCACUGCAUUGUAACAGAAAGAAAGAUCAAUCUUGAUUAUGGGCGCCGAAUCAAUGAUCGAGUUCUUAGGUGCUGUUCCUUUGCUUCAGAGGCUCCCGAGCUCGUCUCUCAAGAAAAUUGCUCAGCUCGUUAUUGCUAAAGACUAUGAGAAAGGCCAAUAUAUUCUUCGCGAGGGAGAGACUGGGGAAGGAGUCUAUUUCAUAUGGGAAGGGAAGGUUGAAGUUUCUGGAUCAGUUCAUGCCGAGGAAGACACUCGUCCUGAGUUCCAAUUGCAACGCUGUGAUUACUUUGGUGUCAUUGCUUCCAUUCAGCAGGCAGAUGUUAUUGCUUUGACCAAGUUGACGUGCUUGCUGCUGCCUCAUGAACAUUGCACUUUACUUCUUCCAAAAUCAAUGUGGAGUGCUGAUAAGACUCCAGACUCAUGUUCGCUUGUGGAGAAUAUAUUGCAUUUGGAGCCAAUAGAACUGAAUAUAUUCCAGGGUAUUACCUUGCCAGACGCCCCAAAAUUUGGCAAGGUCUUUGGAGGACAGUUUGUUGGGCAGGCACUGGCUGCGGCAUCAAAAACCGUUGAUUGCCUUAAAAUUGUUCAUAGCUUGCAUGCUUAUUUUCUUCUUGUCGGUGAUUUCAACUUGCCAAUUUUGUAUGUAGUUGACCGUGUGCGUGAUGGAAAAAGUUUUGCCACCAGAAGAGUUAAUGCAAUACAGAAAGGGAAUGUUGUAUUUACAUUGAUUGCUUCAUUUCAGAAAGAAGAACUUGGCUUUGACCACCAAGAAGUAACAAUGCCAAAUGUUCCAGAACCAGAGAUGCUUCUGUCAAUGGAGGAGCUGCGUGAGAGACUUCUAACUGAUCCUCGUCUUCCAAGGAGCUAUCGAAGCAUGGUGGCCUCAAAAGAUUAUAUCCCUUGGCCCCUAGAGAUAAGGUUUUGUGAGCCGAACACCAACAAUCAUCAGGAAAAAUCUCCUCCAAGUUUGAGGUACUGGUUUAGAGCAAGAGGAAAACUUUCAGAUGACCAGGCAUUGCAUAGAUGUGUAGUAGCGUAUGCUUCAGAUUUUAUGUUCCUUCAAGUUAGUAUGAAUCCCCACCACACAAAGGGUUCGAAGGAGGCUUCUGUUAGUCUAGACCACUCGAUUUGGUUCCACCGGCCAUUUAGAGCUGAUGACUGGAUAUUAUUUGUGAUUACGAGUCCUGCUGCCUCCCAUACACGCGGCUUUGUAUCUGGCCAAAUGUUCAAUGGAAAGGGAGAGCAUGUUGUAUCAUUGACUCAAGAGGGUCUGCUUAGGAAGGCUUCACCAAACCCAGCCACUGCCUCCAAGUUGUAAAUCAUAUUCUGUUGUGAUUAUUGACAAUAUAUAUUAAUCAUAGCUUAUAACUUUAAUGUGUGAUUAUUGACAAUCCCCAAAUCAUACAAGGGGCCUUUGAAUGAUUGUCUUAAGAAUAAAUAUUAAAAGUUAAUUUUAAUAGGCAA